AUGGGUUCCGAAACGGAUCUAAGUUUCUCCGUUGGAGACCACGAAGCAUUCAUGGAGUUAGCUCUCAUUCAAGCACAAAAGUCACCACCCGCUGGUAACAAAUUCUGCGUCGGCGCCGUACUUGUGGAUGCUGAAAAUGGCAAGGUCUUGUCGACGGGGUACUCACUUGAAUACCCGCGAGAUUACAAGGGAGAUCCCGGCACCACGCACGCAGAGCAAUGUUGUUUUAUCAAGAUCGCCGAUCAGCAUAACAUACCGGAGGAGCAAAUUCAUGAAGUUCUUCCCGCCAAUACAGCACUCUACACGACCAUGGAGCCAUGCAAUGACAGGUUGAGCGGAAAUAUGACCUGCGUGACCAGGAUCUUGAGACUCCAAGGUGCCAUCAAGACUGUCUACGUGGGAAUCAAAGAACCAGGGACUUUUAUCGCAGAGAAUGAUGGACAAGCAAGGCUAGAGGCAAACGGCGUCCAAGUCGUCUAUCCCGUUGAGCAUUGGCGUGAUAGGGUCACCAAGGUCUCAAUGGCCGGUCACUGA